AUGAAUAAAUUGUAAAACAUUAAUUAUUAUGUUAGGAAACACCUUUGUUCUUCUACUUCCAGCGCUGAACAAUUCAAUAAACGCGUCCCCUACCGGCAUUCCCCAGUACUGCCCGACAGAUGGUAGUAGCUUUACCGUCGGAGACAGUAACCUCCAAGCAGGAACUCCUCAACCAGCUGGAAUCUAUUUACUCAACGUCAGCAUCGUGUGUGAGGGUUAUCUCACCAGGUGGCACUACAACCAAGUCCAAGUCACGCAGAAGCCCCUCCAUCUUGGAGUCUUCCGACCUUCAGGCAAGGUCAACGGUGUGACGUUAUACAGGCUUAUCGGCCGGAAUGAAAACGAUGGCGGUGAUAUUGGAAGGAAGACGGUCUACUUUAAUUCUGACUGGUUCAUUUACGUGAUACCAGGAGAUCUGGUCGGAUAUUUCACAAGAGACGGAAUUAUCAAUCCAAUGCCAAUCGCUGGACACAACCAGAGCUGUUCGUAUUCGAAUCCAGAGCCCACGCCCUGCAUCAAUGAAGUUGAGUUCGUUCCCUUGGCGGGCCUGGUUCAGUCUAUUGACCUUUGGUUAAACAUGGCCCUAGAAAUUCCGGACUCGUCCUUCAAGAUGCGAUUUAGCCCUUUAGAAGUUGUCAUCCAGCCCCAGAAGCGUUGGCCGCAAGAUAAAACGGUCACCUGUGGCAAUAAAGAACCUAUUGGUGUUCUCCACAGCCAAAACAACUUCAGGAACUUGACUGCCCCGAAAGGUGCCUACAUCCUCAACCUUACCAUACCAUGUAAUGGGGAACUGACCGCGUGGAACUAUCGUGCCACGGUGCCUGGUACAACUGUUUGGUUGGACCUCUGGAGACCCGUCUCGACUAACGACCCCACAACAGUCACGUUCCGCCUCCAGAAGAAGUUUGAACACACCGCAACAGGGCAAGGCUUCCAGUAUAUCACUGUCUCCAACACAGAAGUUAUGUCAGGUGACCGGAUUGGUUUUCAUUACGAGGCUGGUGUCCAAGGCAACAGUGUCAUCAGCAUGGCGGAAUACCCUCGGGAUGCAUGUUAUUUGAACAUGGGGAGUGUCUGCCUCAACGAAAGGGAUUUUUACGAGGUUGCCUUUGACGCUCGUCUGAAUGAUGCCAACCUUGAGGUCGGCUUCGACCACACGUUUCCUUCCUACGGAGCGACUUGGACAAGGCGGGCCGCAGCAGUGUCGGUUAUCGUCAUAAAAAAAUGGUUCCAGCCACUAGAUCCGGAUUCUACACCGUCAUCAGCAAUACCGACAUCAACACAACUAUCACCCUCAGAAAUAUCUAACCCAGAUUGUUACGUCUUCAAGAACGCAAAAUGUCCUUUCACACCAUACAACUCCAGCGAUCUCGUCGAUUUAGAAAGCUGCAGAUCAAUAUGCACCGAAGAAAAUGCCUGUGAAUCGUUUCUGUAUUAUGAAUUGACCACAUCAAAAAUGUCAACAUGCUACCUGUAUGCUCCAGCAUGUUCUGAUGAGGAAUUUGUGUCAGUUGGGCAACCGGGCUAUCACCAGUACACAAAAUGCAUGCACGCAGCUGGUGCAAGCGGUGACCCGAGUGGUAGUGGUAGUGGCAGUGACAGUGGCAGUGGUAGUGGUGGCGGCAGUACUAGUGCGCCAUACCCACCCAGCGACGCUCCACUCUCUUGUUCUGACGAUGUUCUCCAAUCUAUCGGCAACAGUACAGCCGUCAACACCCAACCAAGGAAAGCCUUACUCUACCUGAUGAACAUCACCAUCCCUUGCGAAGGGCUCAUCGAGCAGUGGCGAUAUUACCAACAGGCAGAGAGCAACAACACCGUGCAAGUGGGCAUCUUCCGUCGAUCUGGGGUGGUCGACGGACAUCCGACAGUGAGGAUCAUCGGAAGGAAUGAAAUCACUUCAUCAGGCGAUAUCGGAAAUGAAUCUCAUCCAAUCGCACCUUGGUAUCGCAUUUACAUCAAACCUGGCGAUUUGAUUGGUUUAAUUUUCGAGUCGUCGGUAGACCAGAAUCCAAUCCCCAUUGCUGGGGAUGAUCUCAGCUGCUCGAGGACAACUGCUGUGGACUGUAUCAGCGACGAUUCCUUUUACCCGAUAGCUAAGUUAGACAGGUACAAUUCUUCCCUCUGGGUAAACGCAGCGGUGUAUCUACCUCCUGCAGACAGUUGGUUUAGGGGAUUCGCAGCUUUGGAAGCCAUUGUGAGACCUCUGCAUCGGAAUGUUUCAGAUCACCUACCCUGUGAAAUGAUCGAACCUUUCGGAAUCGUCAACGCAAAUGCCAACUUCCCUAACCAAAGCGCCAAACGUGGUGUCUAUAUCUUAGACAUCCUAAUUCCCUGUGAUGGCGUCAUCAAAGAUUGGUUAUUUUUUGCCGAAGUGGAGGCCAACAUCGUCUUCGAUGUUUGGAGGAAGGUGACCAGCCCAAAGGGUGACAUAAUACUCGUCCUGAUAGAUAAGCUACACCAUCAUAUCACCAAACGAGGUCACCAAGUUAUUAGAGUUGUGUCAAACCGAACUAAGGUGCUAGCUGGCGACAUGAUAGGGUUCCAUUACGAAGAAGAGGUCCUAAACGAUACUGUUCAUAGCACCAUCAGCAUGGCAAACUACCCGAAACAUUCAUGUGAGGGCGGGUUCACGUCGUCCACCAGUGCUUGCGUCCACCAAAAGGACUUUUAUAAGGUUGCAUUCAGUCAAUAUUUAAUAGACAAUGAUCUUCCCCUUGGAGAUGUUUUCUUGCCAGACCAGAUCUACUGGAAUUGGAGUGCUGCCGCAGUGGCAGUCGGCGUGAGUGCGGACGAUGGCGAAGCUCCGAUAUGUGCUAUCGAAUUAACCAUUGGCGGAUUUGCACUCAUGGGCCAUGUUGCAAAGGAGGUCAGCGGGGUUGCCACGCUUGAAGACUGUACCAUGAUAUGUCUCAACGCUCUCAGGACGUCACUCUCUGGAUGCAAGGCGGCAACCUUUGAUCAGAAAGCGAAGGGUCCGUGUGUAGUGUUGGUCUUAUUCUAG